AGGGCCUUCAGCUUCUUGAGCGGUUACGACCCCGAAGACGUGACGCUGACCUCGUUUGACGGCCGGGCCUUGUCCAUCUGGGGCAUCAGUCCAGCCAGUCAGGCCGAGCUGAUCAAUGACCUGUACAACGACACCACCACCACCAAGCUGUCUCUCACAUUUGAGGUCAAGUUCCAGCGAGAACCAGACAAGGCUCUGCCUGCAGACCUCAACAAUUUCUUCGAAGUAGAUUUACGCAAGCUGGACCCAUCAGUGCGUCAUGCGUUUGCUGCGGUCAUUAAUGGCACAUCCAGCGAGACAGUCAAGGUGAACCAGGUUUUCCCUCGAUUCCUUCGUUUGGGCACCACCACGAAGGCUACAAAGGUGGACCAACUCAUUGGAGGUUCGACUGGAAUACACUUGAGCAACAUUUCCAUGACCCUCAACACCGACGCAGCUGGAGGCCUGAGUGAGUGGUGGGACGUGAACGAGAGGAUUCUGGGAGCCACCAUCUUCACAUACGCGGACCCCGAUGUUGUCAAUACCGUCAACAAGAUCUCCAUCAUCACCUUCAACGACAAAAAGGCACCAGAGUCUUUGUCCUUCCUCUCAGGAUACGGCAUCAUAGGUCUGUAUAUUUCAUUCAUCCUCUUGAUCGGCCGCUUGCUGCGUCUGAGUACCACCAACCAGUACCUGACCAUCAUGUUCCGAGAGCUGCCAGAUGUGGAUUACAUCAUGCGUCUGGUUCUCGACCUAUACCUGGUGCGGGAGAUGAAAGAGUUCCGGCUGGAGGAAGAUCUCUACGCCACGCUUAUCUUCCUGUACCGUAGCCCUGAGACCACCAUCAAGGUCACGCGGCAGACUGUGCGCAUCGGGAACCUCAAGAAGAAGAACGAUUAAAGCUGAGAAAGAGAUGUCAUGUUAUUGUCUAAUAGAGAUGUAUUGCUACCUACCACACAAAAGGGAGAUGUUCUCAUUGCAUUUAUAUAUUUUCAUAACAAGUUCCUGACUAUUCUUCCUUUUCUUUUGUUUCUUUUUUUUUUAGUAAUAAGUUUUACAGGUGUAUUGUAAGCUGCUGAAAGGAAAGCUUGCGUAUUUCUUUUACCAGUAUUUUUAAUGCAUAUUUGGAGGUGGAAAAUAUUAGUUCCUUUGUCCUUCUCAUUUCAUUAUCAUAUCAUCCUCUUUCCAAAAGGAGAAGGUGUAGAUGCUGCUUCCCUGACAUUUCUGAAUAGGAGAAAGAAAAAUGAGGUCUUAUGCCAUUGUUGUCAGUUAUAGCAGGUGGUUCACUGAAAAAAGGGGAAAUGCAAGUUUAAAAUUGGAUGCUUGCAUGUUUCUCCUGGAUGUUGUGUACUUUUUCAAGGUAAGUCUCUAAUUCAUUCAAAUAUAUAAUUCUUCAGCAGAUGCUGUCGUAAGAAUAAUUCAUACCUAUGUGCAAUGUAGAGAUGAGAUGACGAAAUUGAUUCAGCUAUGUUGCCGACAGUCAAGAGUUGCUCCAGCUAAGGUCAAACCUAUGUAUUGAAAAUUGGCCACCAUCUUGCCCUUCUCAGCGUUUGCUACAAACCUGACAGUCAGUUGGAUCUUCGAUAUCAGAGUUACACAUUUGGUCAGGUAGAUUGGAUGAUUUUCCUCAGAUUUGUGGUCUGUCAUUCUUUUGUUUGAUGAGGUAGUUUUCUGCUGUUUUCUCAGCACAUCCCUAAACUUGUAUUUCAUUUUACCAUGUUUCAUACUAGUGCGGCUAAAGUUUUAUCUGUAGAUGUCUCUAAACAAAGCUUGAACUGGAGGUUGAAGCGUCUCCCAUUUCAGAUUCAAGAGGAAAUGUCUACUCGGACUUGAUCACACAAACUUUGGGGCUUUAUAGCACAAAAGUUUUCUGUAUGUUUAUAUUGUACUUUUAGGAACAAGUUCUGUGAAGUGAAAGUGAGAUUCCUUUUUGUCUUGCCAUCACUUUUAAGUCUUCUGUACUAGUUUUUAACAAUUUUCAAUACCUUGUAGUGCAGAGAAUGGUUAACACUUAAGCGCAUUUCAGUAUGAUAGCAAUAUCUGGUGAUUUUGAGAAUUGCCUAUGAUUGUUUCUGCUUUGAAAUCACAUGAGAGUCAGUGUGUGGCCAAAUAUUCCAAAGGCUUUGAAUUCCCAAACACAUGUCAGUGAGGUCCUUCCUUAGACACCUCUUUCUGGCAUUAGUGGCAUGCAUUCCAUGUCUCUUAAGAGACUUAAGUUUCCUCUUUCUUUUCUCUCCCCGAAACUGCAUGAGGCUUCUCCUCCUUGUUCAGAUUUUUUAAAAUUUGAUUGUAAGGGAGUUUUUGUUUUCGCCAAAACUUUUCUGGAAUACGGGUUAUUGGCUCGCAAGGAUGACAUAACUGUCCAGGCACACUCACGGUAGUUCAGUCCCUGGCUUCUGAAUCUGUGAAACAGAGGAAACUGCUGACAUUUUUCCUCCUGAGCUGAGAAAUAAUGUCAGUUGAUCAGUUUGGUGAAGUGGGACGAGGGACAAGAGUAAGAGGGAACUUUGUAUCGUGGGAGAUGUUUGUUAAAGCCAUGAAGAAAAUCUUAUUGGUAACAGUAGGUGACUUAACAGAGAGGUGAGCUCUGUCACAAGAAUCGACCAUGGCAUGACAAAGGAGAAACUCUUCGUCGUAUUUAAAAAGGAAUUUUUGCUCACAUUUCUUGUCUCUGUACACAUGAAACACAUUCAAACAGACACACUUGCACAAACACAUACAUGCACAUCUAAGGUCAGUAAUCUUUACCUUAUUUACAUAUACAUACUUUUCAAUUCUAUUUCUGCUCAUUUGGCUUUGAUGGGGAGAUAUUAAGUUAAACUUCGCCGCUUGUGGCAAAUGCAAUCUGAAAGCAUGGAUUGGAAUUUGCUUUUUAAAAUCAUGUGACAAAAUUAUUUUCAAUCCAUGAAUUGACACAAUCUUUUUUAUAUGUGUGAAUUCCUCAAACCCAUCUUUUAAAGUUUUGGUUAUUUGAUUUCUUUCAAGUGCCAAGCAAGAAGAAAGAGGUUCUUUUGUGCUUCUUCUGCAAGACAUAAUGAAAUGAUGUCUAAAAAGUAUUUUUUUAAAUCAAAGUACUCUUUGAAAUAUUUAAAUAUCUCCUCAGAGUCUGGUCUGCUUCCAACUGAAUUUUGCUGCCUUUUUGACAUUUUAUUUUAUGCUCCAAUAAUCAUCCCAAGAAAUUUUGCGAUUCGGAGUUUGCUAGUGAAGUAGAUGUGAGCUCCUGCUAUGUUUGUCGCUGCUGAGAUCUCUAAAGUUGUAACUAAUCUUUUAUGUUCUGAAUGAUUUGAUGGCGUUUUUUGUUGCUUGCAUGUCUCACCAUAUUUUGCCUUGAAAGAGCUCAAUGAGAGAGGCAGCCAUCUAACAGGCAAAAUUGUUUACCUCGUAGCAAGGCAGCUGAAUUGUCUACUCUAAUCUGAUGUUGGUAGUUUUCAGUGAAUUUCUAAUCUUUUUUAAUGAGUAGGCUUUUAAUUGAGUGUACAGAACCAUUAAUUGGAAAUUGCUGUUCUCUCUAGGUGUACUGAUGUUCAGUCACUGUGUCUUUUUAAAAAUAUAUGUUUAGUUGGAAAAAACUUCUUGCGGAAAAGUUCAGUAUAGCUAAACUUUGGACCUGUCCUCCCUUUCUUAACUGUAUAAAAAAAAA